UGCUUCCCCCCUCCCAUGCCUUCCUGCUUAUGGGAGCCAUGUUCUACGGUGGAGACGUAGCCUGAAACAGGUAUCCAUUCUCUCCAAUGAAAGCAGGAGGGGGGGCAGCAGGAACCCCCAACCAAGAAUUCAUGCAACCGCUUUUCUUACAUCACGGUGAAUCGUCAGUUCCGGUGCUACUCCCAAUGGCAGCCUCAUUCCCUGUCACGGUGUUUCCUGAGUCUCAGACAGAAGCGAGUGUUUAAUGUGUGGGAUAGGAGUUGGAAUCUAGCACGGUGAUUGGCCACACCCUUCACCAAUCUUGCUUCACACCCUCUUUGAGUUUUUUUGCCUGGCUGGGAUGUGUCCCUGGACUCUGAUAAUGCCUUUUGCUUGCUGGGAUGGAGGCUGGAGACAGGCUUGGAAGUGGAGUAAACAUGGUUGCCGAUAACAGAGAGGGCACCAUGUCCUCUAAGGACCAGGCGCAUCUGCUCUGUGAUGAGGCGGAACAACAAUUGGCUGCAGGUGACCCUUCACUCGCCACUGCCUUCUUCACGGCUGCAUUCAGCUGCAGCGUCCCGACAGCUGUCGAAAAAGUGGCUUCCCUGGGAGAAGAGUCACACACCAAAGUGACGGCCACGUUAUCAAAGUGGUGUCGGGAUGGCGGCCCCAUACCAAAGAUUCAGUAUGGUGGCCUGAACUACGCGUUGCUCAGCAUCGAAAUGGCAGCCGUUUUUCUCUCGACCCUCAACCCCAACAACACGGCCGCCUCUCUCUGCAAGAUGGAGGCCCUGCUCAAACUGGGCCACUACGAGGAAGUGCUGCGGCGAUGCGACUCUCUGCUGGACGCCCAGCCUUGUGUAGAGCUGGCCCUCACCAGGGCGUUGGCCCAGGUGCUGUCGCGGACCCACUUCCAAAAUGGCGUCACAGGUUAUCUGCGUGCUUUUGCGGAACGCCGGGAUGAGACGGUGAAGUUUGUGCGCGGUCGGCAAAGGGACCACCUGCAGCAGAUAAUCCAGGCGUUUUCUGACUUCGUCUCACUUCAGGAGAAGACUCGCUGCGGCAAAGGGGGCUUGGAAAACUGGCAGAGCGGCUGCUACAACUUCCUGCUUGCCAUUUCACCAGAAGACAUCCACACCUUCCAGGCCCAGGCAGCCCGCCUCUUGGAGAAGCACAAAUGCCAGGAAGGCGUCUCUGUCUGCAGCAAGGCAGCCAGUGGUGCAUUCUGGGACGAAAGAGCGCCUGGACUCCUCAUGGGCAGGGCUGCUUCAUACUUCUCUCAGGGCGGGAGGGUGGCAGAGAUGAUGCAGGACAUGACAGCUGCCUUUGAGGCAAACCCCGGCCUGGCAGCAAGGCACUUUGAGGCACUUUUCACCACUGAGGAUGCUGAGAGGGUAGAAAAGCAUGCCAGAGCAACCCUGGAUCUGGAGUUUGCUGCUUACAGAGAAGUUGUGCGUGCCAGACCCGAGGUCCGGAGCGACAGCGGCAAGGAGCUUCUCUCCCCAGUGAUCCGAACUCUUCGCUUCCUCAUUCAGAUUUCGCCAGGCGCCAGGCGCGAACUAAAUGUCCGCUUGGCAGACUGCUCCCUCUUGGAGGGCAGCGUCCAGGGUGCCUUGGAAAUCUGCAACCACCUUCUGGAUUCUGAGCAGGAGACCUAUUACAACACCCUCCUUGCCCUCCGGGGGUUCUGCCACCUCCAUGACAAACGUUGUGCAGAAGCCCUGCAGGAUUUCCAGAAGAUCAUAGAGUACAGCUCCCCACACCCCAGCAGUUGCAUCAAGGCUCUCUGUGGCCGUGGCUUAAUCCGAGCUUGGGGCAGUAGUCCUUACCUGACCGCCCUGGAUUAUAUCACUGCCUGUAGGUUUAGAUUUGAGGAGACCAGCUUUGUCAUCAAGUCCUACAUACCGUGGAACCAAAGGGGCUUCCUGUUGAUCGUUCUACAAGAGGAAGCAAGGAAGAUACUGGAAAGGAACCGGGACCCCAGGGGCAGCACAGCUCCCCAUCAGAACAAACCAAGAGGGCUAGAUGGAUUCCAAGUGAAAGAAGGUGAUGCAUCUGGAGCUCACCAGCUGGCUUCUCUCCUGUUGGACCUGGAUGCUUCAGAUGAGACAUCUCAGCUCCUCAGUGCUGAUGCUCUGUACCAAAUGGAUCGAGUAGAUGAAGCUCACAAGGUCCUAUUGGUGGCUCUCUCCAAAACCUCCCAGAGAUCUGCCUUCUUGGCCAGGCUGGCUCUGCUUCAGUUGAAAAAAGGCUUUCUAUACGAUUGCAACCAGCUGCUCAAGAAAAUGACCCAAACUGGGGAGACCUCCUGCCUCCUGACGGUCAUGAAGAUUUUAAAAGAGGAAGAUCGAGCAUUGAUGCAAAGCCACUGUCACUCCAGGGCCAUGACGAUCCUAAAGAACAAGCAAGGGGGGUGUUACAUCAAAGAAGCCAUCCUCUACCUCUCCUUUGCCAUCACCGCAGCAGGAGGUUAUGCUGUCGAUUCGCUUCUUAGCCGGGCCCGCUGUUAUGGGCAUCUUGGACUGAAGAAAACGGCCAUAUUUGAUUUCAAUGCCAUCCUAAAAGAAGACCCCACAAAUGCCCAGGCACUGAGUGGGAAAGGAUUUGUUCAUCUAGCUCUGAACCAGAAAAAGGAGGCUGUGCACAAUUUAACCUCGGCCCUAAGAGCCAACCCAGCCAUAGCAGUUUCAGAAAUUCUUUCAUUAAAGGAGGAGGCCCAGAUGUUGAUCCAUCAGUGGCUGUAUGACCACUGCAGGGCUAGGCUGUCAGAGUUCAUUGCUACCAGAGAGCCGCCCAUUGGAGAGACACUGAAGGACCUCGCUGUAGCUGGGGCAUUGCUUGUGAAAAUAAAGAGCAAGGACACAGAGAGUCACAUCCUUUAUGUGGACCUUUUAGCCGCGGAUGGGAGAGACAAUGAGGCUCUGGUGCACCUCCAGGGAGAGUUUGGUCACUCUGCACCCAGUGAUUCCAUCAAUGCUCGCUUUGGAAUGCUCCAGGCCAAGAAGAGCCACAUGAAUGUCGCAGCCCAUAUUUUGGCCAGUUUGGCCACAAAUGACUACAAAGACAUAGGGUACCUGAUGAGCUUCCUGGACACCAAGCAACGGCAAAGCCUUGCUCAGGUUGCUUCCAAAGAAGGAAAUGCACUGGUGAAAGAGCAAUUCUACACAAAGGCUGUUGGCUACUACUCACUGGCCGUCUUGGCAAGUAAUGGCAAUCCGCGAUACCUCCGCCAACGUGCUGCUUGCCUAGCCCACCUGAAGGACUACAAUAAGGCUUUGACGGACAUGGACAAGGUGAUCUCCAACCAUGGGAAGAACAGCCUGAAGACUCAGAUUGAGGACUACUGCUUGCAGGGACAUCUGCUCUUGUCCACCUCAGAGGAGGAACUGGCAGUCAAGCAGUACAUCCAAGCUCUUCAGCUGGGACAGUCUUUGGCUCUGACCAUCAUUGCUGCCAAUCACGAUGGGGAUGCACUGUCCAAAGCAUUCCUGCAAAGUGCUCAGUCCUCCUUUGCAGCAAGGCGUUAUGAAGAAUCCUGGAAGAAUGCAGAGUAUGGCCUGAUGAUCAACCAGAACAACACUGAGCUUAAGAGACUUAAAAUAAGACUUAAACGGGAGGCUUCUGGAUGCAGAGUACAAUAAUUUAUUCAGUUUGGGUCACAGGGGGCUUUCUCAUGACCUGCAUUUUUAAAUCAACCAUCUCGAUUUGCAUUUCCCGAAGUAACAUAUUUACUAGAACCUAGGUGGUGCUGUGGGUUAAACCACUGAGCCUAGGGCUUGCUGAUCAGAAGGUCAGCGAUUCGAAUCCCUGUGACGGGGUGAGCUCCCAUUGCUCUGUCCCAGCUCCUGCUAACCUAGCAGUUCGAAAGCACGUCAAAAUGCAAGUAGAUAAAUAGGAACCGCUACAGCGGGAAGGUAAACGGCGUUUCCGUGUGCUGCUCUGGUUCGCCAGAAGCGGCUUUGUCAUGCUGGCCACAUGACCUGGAAGCUAUACGCCGGCUCCCUCGGCCAAUAAUGCGAGAUGAGCGCACAACCACAGAGUCAGUCACGACUGGACCUAAUGGUCAGGGGUCCCUUUACCUUUACCUUUAGUUACUCUUCAGUUUUUGCACAUCACCCAAUGUUGUGAUACUAUAGUUCACCCAAAAUGUACCAGACUGCAUAUUUUAGAGUCAGGACAUACAAAAGUGUGUAUUUUAUGAAACUGUGUGUUGAAAAUCAAUGCAAUUUUUGGCGCCUUAAAAAAAAACCAAUAAUAAUUGUAGAGUAGUGCAGAAAUCGACUUAGGAAUGAGCACGUUCAAAGCUGGCACAGAUAGACAAAUGAAUGGAUCCAUCCUUCCUUAUUAUCCAGUGUUUUAUAAACCUAGACAAGGACACACUUUCUUCUUUCUUUUCUCUUUCUUUUGCUUGUAAAGACCAGAGAACAUAUAUGGAGAUGCCUCCUAUUGUACAGCAUCCUGUUUCUUGAAUGCCCUCCAUAUAACAAAAUCAUUCUGUCCAAGUUGUGAUUUUUUUAAAAU